AUGUCUCUGGAAGGACGAAAAAUCAAUUUCGCUGCGGGACCAGCGAAGCUUCCCGAAGAAGUCCUGCUGAAAAUGCAAGAGGAGCAGCUCAAUUUCAAUGGGCUCGGUGUCAGUGUCAUUGAAAUGUCGCAUAGAUCCAAGGAAUUCGGAGCGCUGCUCAACGAGACGAUCAGCUUGAUUCGCGAGCUCAUGAACGUGCCCGACAACUUUGAAAUUCUCUUCAUGCAAGGCGGCGGAACCGGUCAAUUCGCCGCGAUUCCUUUGAAUCUAAAGGGCUCCCAUGACCAUGCCGACUACAUCGUCACCGGUGCGUGGUCCUCGAAAGCUGCCGAGGAAGCUGAGAAGUAUAUCAAAGUGAAGAAGGUGUUCCAACCAUCAAAGCCCUAUGUCACUGUGCCGGAUCAAGAGAAAUGGGUGCACGACGAGAAGGCCGCGUAUCUGUACUACUGUGCCAAUGAGACGGUCCAUGGAAUCGAAUUCUCACCGACGGCGCCUGAAUCGCACAACGUGCCAUUGGUGGCUGAUGUUUCGUCCAACUUCAUGGCGAGGCCAUUUGAUUUUAAGGAUCACGGCGUCGUCUUCGGUGGAGCGCAGAAGAAUCUCGGUGCCGCCGGCCUGACGAUCGUCAUCGUUCGGAAGGAUCUCAUCGGAAAGCAACAAGCGAUCACCCCAGCCGUGUUCAGUUAUAAGGAGAUGAUUGCCAACAACAGUUUGUACAAUACACCACCGACUGGAGGAAUCUACACCACGAAUCUCGUCUUGAAAUGGAUCAAAUCCAAGGGUGGCCUCCAGGCGAUCUACGAAUUGAACCUCCAGAAAUCCGGCCUCAUCUACGGUAUCAUUGAUAACUCGAACGGAUUCUAUCACUGCGCCGUCGACAAAAGCUACCGUAGCAUCAUGAACGUGUGCUUCCGAAUCGGUGGCGCCGCUGGAAACGAGGAUUUGGAGGCGGAAUUCUUGAAAGGAGCCGCCGAGAGGAACAUGAUCAGUUUAAAGGGACAUCGAUCGGUUGGCGGCAUUCGUGCCUCGUUGUACAAUGCGAUUACGUUGGAGGAGACUCAAGUGCUUGCCACGUGGAUGAACGAGUUCCAGAAGGCGCAUAGUGCUUGA